AUGGAUCUUGAAUCACAUGGUGUUCCUCGGCUUGAACUGGAGGCUGUUAUUGGGUUCAACGGGUAUGUGUUUUCUGGCCUGAGGGUUCAUCCAGACAAAGAGUACCUCAUCUAUCCACUGGGAUGCACAGUAAUUCUGAAGAGAAUUAAAGAUGGCAAACAGGAGUUCCUGCAUGGACACACAAACAAUGUAUCCUGUGUCUCAGUGUCCAAAAGUGGAUCAUAUAUUGCCUCUGGACAGGUCAACUUUAUGGGCUUUAAGGCUGAGGUAAUUAUCUGGGACUAUGCAAAGCGGACAGUGUAUGCCCAGUUGCUGCUCCACAAGUCUAAAGUGGAGGCCCUGUCAUUCUCUCCCAAUGACAAGUACUUGGUGUCGCUUGGGGGUCAGGAUGAUGGCAGCAUAGUGUUAUGGAACAUCGAGACCAAGCAGGCCAUCUGUGGGAGCCCAGCUUCAGCUCACAGUGCAGGUCACUGCCUCACUGUGCAGUACUCAAACACCAAUGACAACAUCUUUGUAUCUGCUGGGAGUGGGACAUUGCGAGUCUGGGAACUGGACCUCCCUAACAGGAAGAUUAGGCCCACAGAGUGUCAGACAGGCAAGCUGAAGAGGACUGCGAAAUGUAUAGAGAUCUCAGAAGAUGAUAAGUUCAUUUUCUGCGGCACCACCAGUGGAGACAUAAUGAAAAUCAACCUGAAGACGGGGCUUCUGAGUGAUUGUGGUCCAGUUAAAGCAAAGUACAGCCUGGGUGUCAGUGUCAUAAGGACACUGAAGUCAGGACACCUACUUGUAGGCUCUGGAUCUGGCACCUUCACUCUGUGUUCCGGGACUAAUUUCAAAACUCUGAAAGAAGUCCAGCUGGAAAAAGGAGUGACCUCCAUUGCUAUAAGAGGAGAAGGCCAGCAGUUCUAUGUUGGGACAGAGGCAGCUCAGAUGUACCGCUUCGGUUACGAGGACUUCAAAGCUGAACUCAUAUCCACCAGCCACAACAGCGCUGUUAAAGAUGUAGCCUUUUGUUUUGGAACAUCAGAAUUAUUUGCAACCUGCUCUGAGGAAGACAUCAGGUUGUGGCACAUAGACAAGCCCAAAGAGCUACUGCGCAUCACUGUACCCAACAUGACCUGCAAUUCCCUGGACUUCAUGGUUGAUGGACACAGUAUCAUCAGUGGAUGGAAUGAUGGUAAGAUUCGUGUGUUUGCACCGGAAAGUGGCCGGCUCUUGCUCAUCAUUCAUAACACCCAUAGAAUGGGUGUGACAGCCAUCGCUGGCACCAGAGACUGCAAGAGGAUCGUCAGUGGAGGCGGAGAGGGACAGGUGCGUGUUUGGGAGCUGCAGCCACGUGGCCACCGACUGCUGGAGACCAUGAAAGAGCACAAAGCUUCUGUCACCUGCAUCAAAAUCAAGAGUAACGACAAAGAGUGUGUCACUGCCAGCUCUGAUGGUACAUGCGUCAUCUGGGACAUAGUGCGAUUUGUGAGUCUUCAAAUGGUGAUUGACAGCACACUGUUCCGGACGGUGUGCUACCACCCAGAGGAAUACCAGAUUAUUACCAGUGGCUCUAACAGAAAGGUUACCUACUGGGAUGUGUACGACGGUUCAACCAUCAGAGAUGUGGAGGGCUCGCAGUCUGGGGCCAUCAAUGGCAUGCACAUCACACAGGAUGGCAAACACUUUGUGACAGGUGGAGAUGACAAACUGGUGAAGGUGUGGGACUACAUGGAAGGCGUUGUAACUCACAUUGGAAUAGCACAUGGUGGCAGUAUCACCAGCAUCAAGGUCUGCUACAACAGCCGCAUCUUGGUUAGUACCAGUGAAGAUGGAGCCAUUCUCCGGUGGAGGUUCCCCCACCCUGCUUCUGCUUAA